AUGACAUACAAAUCUUGGCCUUACACAAAUGAUAAUGGGAAUACCGAAAAUGCUGGAGCCACAGUAGUAACGGAAGGACUAAUUGAGACUGACUUGUUAAUUGUCGGAGCCGGACCUGCUGGGGCAUCUUUGGCUUGUUUUUUGGGUCACCAUGAUCUACGAGGAAUGAUUAUCGCGGCCACUCCUGGUACGGCAGAUACUCCUCGGGCUCACAUAACCAACAUGGCAGCCAUGGAAUGUUUGCGUGAUAUAGGGUUGGAAGAAGAGUGUUUACAAGUAGCUGUUAAGGGUGAUGCGAUGUUACAUACGCGAUGGUGCCGUGCUUUAGCUGGUGAGGAAUAUGCAAGAAUUUACUCAUGGGGAAAUGAUCCUAAACGUGCUGGUGAUUAUGAUGCCGCAAGUCCAUGCAACCACGUUGAUAUCCCUCAGACGGUUCUCGAGCCGAUCUUGAUUAACCGGGCCUCUCACAGUGGGUUUAAUUGUCGAUUUGAUACAACCUUUUUAUCAUUUGAACGAGACUCGAUAUCAGGUACAAUUAACAGCAAAGUCCAAGACGGCCUAACGAAGCAAAUCUAUCAUAUCAGAUCGAAAUAUUUAUUUGGAUGUGAUGGAGCCCGAAGUCAAGUCCUCAGACAAUUACAGAUCCCAUUGAUCAAGAAGCCUGGACAAGGCUUGGCCAUUAAUGUACUGGUCAAAGCCGAAUUGGGUCAUGUCAUGGAAAAUAGGAUGGGAAAUUUACAUUGGGUUAUGAGACCUGAAGAGGAACAUGCUGCAUUUGGGUGGACUGCUAAUGUUAGAAUGGUGAAGCCUUGGAAUGAGUGGAUGUUUAUUCUUUUUCCUUCUCCUGAAGCCGGAACGUCUUUCAAACCCUCUAAUGAAGAGUAUCUAAAAUGUAUCAAAGAUAUGAUUGGAGAUGACUCGAUUCCCGUGGAAAUACUCGGAGUAUCCAAAUGGUUAAUCAAUGAAACGGUCGCAGAAUACUACUCCGAUGGAAACAUUUUUUGCCUCGGUGAUGCAGUCCACCGCCAUCCUCCACUUAAUGGCCUAGGAUCUAACACUUGCAUUCAAGAUGCAUAUAAUCUCGCUUGGAAGAUUGCCUACGCCUUGAAAGGGAAAGCAAAUGGUGGCAUCCUCGACUCCUAUAAUGUCGAACGCCAACCAGUUGGUCAAUCCAUCAUCACGCGAGCCAACCAAGGGCUUCGAGAUCACGGCCCAGUAUGGGAAGCUUUAGGAAUGAUGGACCCAUCCAUCGAGACUCGGCGAAAACACUUUGCAGAGCUCUCUGAGGCCACUCCUCAAGGGGCAGCGCGUCGAGCACGAUUUCAAACUGCAAUAGAAGGAACCGCACGUGAAUUUCAUGGUGUUGGUAUUGAGAUGAAUCAAAGAUAUGAAUCUUCUGCUGUCUAUUCUUCCAAUGAAAAGCCAAGACCGUCGUUGCCAGCAGAUCCAGUUCUCGAUCAUGAGAUUACCACUUAUCCUGGAAGUCGGCUCCCACAUGCGUGGCUUAACACCAAGGUUCCAGGCAAACAAUUCUCGACGAUUGAUCUUGCUGGACAUGGGAGGUUUUGUCUUCUCACGGGAAUUGGAGGAGAAAAGUGGAGACCUGCUGCCGCAAAGGCCGCAGAAAUUCUUGGGCUUGAGAUCAACGUAUACUCGAUUGGCUGGAGGCAAGAUUACGAGGAUGUAUAUUUUGAUUGGGCAAGACGAAGAGAAGUUGGCGAGAGUGGAUGUGUGCUGGUGAGACCUGAUAGAUUUGUGGCUUGGAGAUCUAUGGAAAUGAUGAAUAUGCCAAACGAGAAGUUGUUACAGGUGUUGAAGACUAUCUUGAGUUGGUAG